UGUUUUAAUGUUGCUUUAAUACUCUAAUGUAAGUAUAAUUGAACUAUGGAAGCAAACAUAUGGAUGCUGUCAACAUUGUUUCUUGGCGUUGUAUUACCUCGUCUGACGAUCCAACAAACGACUGUUUCAACAGAAGGUUUGACGCCAGCGUGUAGUUCAGAAGGGCUUGAUGUCACUGGAACGCGAGGAACAAUUAUGUCUCCCAAUUAUCCAGAUAAUCAUCCAAAUCUACUCAACUGCAAAUGGCGUAUAAACACAGCAAAUGGAACGAGAAUCGCAGUGAAGUUUGAACCGUUGUUUGAAAUUGAACCGGAUGGUUCCGGCUGCUACGAUCAUAUUGAAUUCUCAGAAGAUACUGGAUACGAAUCGAUAUUUUGUGGGUUCGAGCCUCAUCCAAGUUGGACAUCAGAAAGUAAUUCAUUGGGAGUGACAUUUUUUACAGAUCCUUUUGUCACUUUUGCUGGAUUUUCAUUUAAUUGGACCGCAGUUGACAAAGCAGACGUGACGAAAGCAAAUACAACAACGAUCGUUGCCAAUUCGGGAACAAUUUCAUCACUAAACUAUCCUGAUAAUUAUAAUAAUUUGUGGGAAGAAGCAUGGAUUGUCGAUGUUGAAAUUGGAAAGUUCAUCCUUAUUGAAUUUGAUACAAUAUAUGGCAUCGAGAAAGGAACCGGGACAACGUGUCCGUUCGAUUCACUAACUUUUUCGGAAGGAGUCGAACCACCGAGUCCGUGGACCUUUAAAAUAGUCAUAUGUUCGAAUGAAAAUCACGGCAAACUACUCAUCAAAGAUGACGGCAUGUACGUCGUAUUCAAAUCGGAUGUUGAUGUUACUGGAUCUGGAUUUUCGUUUAAUUUUUCUGCAAUCGACCCACCAACAUGUGCUGAAACGAAUUAUCUCACUGGUACAUCGGGCACCGUAUCCACACCUAUGUAUCCACUCCCGUAUAUGCGCGACCUAAAUUGCUCUUGGUUCAUUACAACACCUGAAAACACGCAAGUUGCGAUCAAGUUUAGUCUAUACUUUAACAUAGAAGACACGGAUACCUGUUUUGGGGAUUAUCUUGAAAUAUAUGAUGGGCCUUCAACAAAAUCAGAGAAGUACCUGGACAGACGAUUUUGUGGUCCAUACCCUCCGAAAGGAUUUCUGUCUACAACAAAUCAAGUGACAAUUAAAUUUUUUUCAUCUCCCAAUGUUUUUGGUGACGAUAAUUUUAUGGGGUUUUCUCUCAACUGGACGGCAGAAGAAAUCUGUAAAACUGGUGAAUUUCAAUGUUGGGAUGGUACAUGUAUCAACGAAACAAAAAAAUGUAACGGUGUUGUUGACUGUCCGGUGGAUAACGCUGACGAAGUGGAAUGUAAGUUGGAAAGUGUGAGCAAAUGUGGAGUUUCAGACAUUGCUCCAGAAUUCAGAUGGGAUCCAAGAAUAGUAGGAGGACAUGACGCUGUCCCGGGAUCUUGGCCAUGGCAAGGCAGACUGUUGUACUAUAGACUGGAUAAAUGGGAGUUUACUUGUGGUACAGUGCUGAUUGCAGACAGAUGGGCGUUAACAGCAACACAUUGCGUGGACAAAGGAUUUGAUGCAUUGGUGGUGUUUGGUAAUUACAAUACUAGCGAAUAUAACGAAAAAACUGCACAAAACGUCACGGUUGAAAAUAUCUUCGCUAAACCCGGAUUCAACUGGAAAGACGGAAAUGGAUGGAGCGAGGGGAAAGAUAUUUCGUUGUUGUUACUUUCGUCUCCAGUAAACUAUACUGUAUAUGUAAAACCCAUUUGCCUUCCCACCAUGUUUCCUUCCACAGGAACAUACAUAGUUAUCACUGGUUGGGGUCGUACAUAUGUGGGCGCACCGGGUUCUAUUGUUCUUAAGCAAGCAUCAUUACCGAUAUUUCCCCAGGAUAAAUGUCUGAAACCAAUCAUCGAGGGAGGAGUAACAGCAGACGAUAUAUUUUGUGUUGGAUUUCCGACUGGGGGUGUUAGCACAUGUAGUGGCGAUUCCGGCGGACCAGUAGCCCAUCUCAACAAUGGCAAAUGGGAAGUUAUUGGACUAGCUUCAUUUGGUCUCAGAUGCGGAACAGUUCCCGGAAAUCCGUCAGCAUAUGUAAACGUGUCGGCUCAUCUAACAUUCAUAAAUAAUCUUCUGGAAACCAAAAAUCCUCGUCCAGUUUUACAGUCUUUUGUUAUCAAAGAUCAGACAAAUGGUACUAUAAUGUCACCGAACUAUCCCUCCAAUUAUCCGGCGAAUACUUACGUACGAUGGUAUAUAAUUGGACCUGAAAAUACGAGAAUAAGCGUGAGGUUUGAUCCCAAAUUUGACAUAGAAGGGGUAUUUAACGAUGUUUCACCGCUUUGUUCUGCUGACUAUCUUAUUAUCUACGAUGGAGCUGAUACAGGAUCACUCACGUAUCGAUAUCAGAAAAACUGCGGAACUAGAGCACCUCCUAAUUUUGAAUCCAACUCGAACUCAAUUAUUGCAGAAUUCUGGUCAGAUGGAGCUUUUGAAGCUGCUGGGUUUUCCUUUAAUUGGACGACAAAUGAUGACUGUGAAAUUACUGAAGAAAGAUGCCACAAUAAAACAUGUAUUCCAAUCAGUAAAAAAUGUGAUGGAAACUAUGACUGCGACGACAAAGAAGAUGAAUUUGAGUGUGUUCUGGGAAAUCCCACCACAACUGAAUGUGGUAAACCCGCUAUAUCACCAUCGUUUCCAUGGAAUCCUCUUGUUAUUGGAGGCCACGACGUAAUACAAGGAUCUUGGCCAUGGCAGAUCGGUUUAUUCCGUCUAACAGAAACUGGUUGGCGAUUUACUUGUGGUGGUACCUUGAUUUCGGAAUAUUGGGUUUUGUCAGCCGCACACUGCUUGAGUUUCUCUGAAAUAUAUCAGGUGGCGAUCGGUGCUCACAACUUUGAUGAAUUCAACAAACAUGAAAAACGACUAAACGUUUCUUUUGUAUUACCACAUCCGGAAUACUUUUCUACAAAUGAUAUUGGCUUUGUUCGUUUGGAAGAACCUGUGGAUUUCACAUCGGAAUGGUACAAACCAGCUUGUUUACCCGAGUCAAAUGAUAACAAUCUACCACCAGUAGGAAGCCUUUGCGUCAUAACUGGAUGGGGCGUCAUAGGUGGCACGAGGCAAGAAAACAUUCCUUCUACAAUGCAGCAAUCGUUCGUUUAUGUUCUUAAUGGAAGUGUAUGCAAAGAAGACUUUUACCUUGGCUUACCAGAAGAUACUCCUUUGGAUGCUUAUAUCUGUCUCGGUGAUUUGGAUCAACGAACAGGCGCUUGUUAUGGUGAUUCUGGUGGUCCUUUAGUAUGUCACGUUGGUGGUGUUUGGCGACAAUAUGGCAUUACGUCAUGGGGUAUUUCUUGUGGACAGAGAUCAUUCUAUGAAAGAAUAUCAAACUCUCUCGACCUAAUCAAUGAUGUUUUGAAUCUUGAAGUGUGUAAGGACUUUGAAGUACGUGAAGGUACAAGAGGAACUGUGACUAUACCUCAAUUCUUCGGAGAAUACAUCAUGGAUCUCGAUUGCACUUGGCUUUUGCGUGCUCCGUCCGAUAAGUUAAUUGUCAUUCGCUUUACAUUUUUUGACGUGGAAGACUGUAGCUUUGCUGAGUACGAUUAUUUAAAAAUAUAUGAUGGAAACACGACUGAUGCAAGAAUGGUUCGUGACGAAACCUUGUGUGGACAAGAUAGAUCAUUGAGAGGAUUUGAAUCGAGUACUAAUGAGGUUUUGAUUUCGUUCACAAGUGAUAAUGUUCUGCAAUACAAAGGUUUUGAGAUUACCUGGGAAACUGUCGAUAACUGCGGUUCCAAUGAGUUCAGAUGCUGGAAUGGAUCUUGCAUCAACGGUGAUUUGAAAUGUAAUAAAGUUAACAAUUGUGAGGACAAAAGCGAUGAGAUUGAAUGCCCUCAUUAUGGACAAGAAUGCGGCCAACAAACAAUUGUUCCUGAAUUUUUGUGGGCCCCAAGAGUAGUUGGUGGAAUGAUUGCAGUUGAGGGCUCGUGGCCAUGGCAAGUUCUGUUGUCAAACGAGUAUGAACAAAUUUUGUGUGGUGGAUCAAUUAUCAAUGAAAAUUGGGUUUUAACUUCAGCCGAAUGCGUUGCUGACAAAUCUGCGUUUGAAGUCAUAGUUGCAGUUGGUCAGUAUGAUUUGAGUAUGCUAGAUAGAUCGAGAUUGCAUGCAGUUACUCAAAUAAUUUUGUAUGACCCAUUCAAAACUUCACAACAUGACAUUGCUUUGCUGAAAUUGGAUAAAAGUAUAACUUUUCAAAAAAACGUUCAGCCAAUAUGUAUUAAUCUCGAAGAUACGUUAGUCACGGGAGAAACAUGUGUCGUUACUGGAUGGGGUGUUACUUAUGAUUCAACCUCUCUUGAUAGCUCUCAACUGUUGAGACAAACUCGCAUUCCAAUAGCAAAUCCUGAAUUUUGCCAAAAAAUCACACACAAUGUUGAGUUCAAUGGUGAUACAAUGUUUUGUGCCGGAGAUCUUUCGGGAGGUUCUGACGCGUGCUCGAAUGACGUGGGAGGACCACUGGUUUGUUUCCGUAAUAACGUUUGGAAACAAUUCGGAAUUGUUACAUCAAACUUGGGUUGUGGAAUAUCAAGGCUUCCAAGCUUCUACACAAAAGUAUCUUACUAUAAGGAGUGGAUUGAAGCAACAAUUGGAGACAAGCUACCCAUUCCAACACCGCCCACCACAGAAGCAACAACAACUGAAGAAAUUACAACAGACAAAAUCAAUCAGACAGCAUCCAUGACAUCUAUUUCGUCUUCAACGACAUCGGAAAUCUUCACAGCCGAGGGUACACCACCCCAGAAUGGCACAUCCGCUAUGAAUGCGUCAGAAACCACAGCAACUACCAAGUUGAUGACGACAUCAUCUGCUGCAAAAAUUCAUUCCAUACUUGACUUGGUAUUCGCUUUGCUACUAUGCCAGUCGAUACCUCAAUAAGUUUUGUUAACCUUAAGUAAAAUACAUGUCACUUUCUAUUAUCAUCAUUAUGCAAGUGUCGUAUGACACUCGAUAUAUAAUGCAAUAGUAAAAAAACAUAACGUCACAAUUCCAAAGAAAAGAGCUCAAGAAUUUAUAUAUUUCAGACAGAUUUUAUUUGGUUUAUAUUCUCAGUAUGUGAUUUCAUUAUUGCCAAUAAUCUGUGUAUUCAUCUAUUAAUCCUUACAACCUCCCUUAGUGCGAAGUUGCAUAUGAAUGCAUCUAUGACUAGUGUGACAUUCAUGCCGUAUGAGCAAACUAAUCAUUGUAGUUUAAUUUUUUUAUAUUCUCUACGCUAGUAAAUUAACAUUAAAAUUAGAAAAUGCACGUCGAAAUUUAUCUACAUCUGACGCCCAUGCAAUUCCUUAUCAUAUCUAAGCAGAUAUGAUUUGUUUAGAUAAUUUUGACUAUAUCUUGCACUUAUUCAUCGGAAUAUUAGUAUCUCAAUUAGAAAAGUCUUAUUGAAUUUCUUUUUGGUCAACUACGAACACCUU